UCUGUUUUCGUCGGCCCUGGCUGGAUCAGUGUUUGUUGUGGUCACAUUAAAGAGGCAUAAAGGUAUUAAAAAAUAAGGUUGUAACCCCGAACGUAUCGCAUGAGGUUACUGUGUGAACCCCUCCCUACCAUGAGAGCAGACCACCAGGUCAUCAGCCCCCCUUCCUUCUGCAGUUGAUGGAUCUACAGCUGGCCCAGAGAUGACAGACAGCGUCAGGACCUUCCUCCAGCAUGUUGCAACGGGGGUCAAGGACUCCAUACUGGGGAUUGGAACAAUCUCCAAGCUGGACGCCCGCAUCCAGCAGAAAAGAGAGGAGCAACGGAGAAGAAGGGCCAGUGGAGCCCUUGCACAGAGGCGGGCACAGAGUGAAGAACGUAAACCAGACAAUGAGUCAAAAGUAGCCAGCAGGAUUUUUCAGUGCUGUGCCUGGAAUGGAGGAGUUUUCUGGCUCAGUCUGUUUCUCUUCUAUCGGGUCUUCAUCCCAUUGCUGCAGACGCUCACAGCAAAAAUCAUUGGUGACCCCUCCCUCCAUGGCACUGUGUGGUCCUGGCUGGAAUUCCUCCUCACCUCCGUCUUCAGCGCUCUCUGGGUUCUUCCCCUGUUCGUCCUCAGCAAGAUCGUCAACACCAUCUGGUUCCAGGAUAUCGCCGACCUUGCGUUUGAAGUGUCUGGCUGCAAAGCUCAGCCGUUCCCCAGCAUCAGUAAGAUCAUUGCAGACAUGCUCUUUAACCUCCUCCUCCAGGCGCUCUUCCUCAUUCAGGGUAUGAUAGUUAGUCUUUUUCCCAUCGAUGCCAUCGGACAGAUGGUUAGCCUCCUCCACAUGUCUCUGCUCUACUCCCUCUACUGCUUUGAGUAUCGCUGGUUCAACCACGGCAUCGAGAUGCAUCAACGUCUGUCCAACAUUGAGAGGAACUGGCCAUAUUACUUUGGUUUUGGUUUACCCAUGGCUCUGCUGACUGCCAUGCCCUCUUCAUACAUCAUCAGUGGCUGCUUGUUCUCCAUCCUGUUUCCUUUGUUCAUCAUCAGCGCCAAUGAAGCAAAGACACCAACAAAGCUGUACCACUUCCAGCUACGUCUCUUCUCUCUGGUUGUGCUGAUCAGCAACAAGCUGUUCCACAAGACGGUCCACCUGCAGUCCUCUCUGACGUCAUCGGCCUCAUCGGAGAAGCUGUCCUCACCCCAAACGUCCCCAAACCGCCAGAGACUGUCGCCAACGCGCUGAUGCUGAUGGAUCCACGUCAAGUGGAGAAGAUCUCAACCAAUGUGUGGCUUCAACAGAUGUACAAAAAGUCCUUCUUCCAGAAGGAUUGCCCUUACUGACAGUGAUGUGCAAUGAUGAACGAAGGGUUUACGUCUUGGUUUCCUUUUUCUGCUCCUUUGCUUUUUCAUGUCCAGCUCCAGUCACUCAUUCUUUACAUGUAACAAUGAAACUCUUUUUCCCAAACAAAGCUCUAAGCUUUUGGUAUUUUCUUUCACUGUGAGUGUUUUCUGUGCCAUUGGAAUGACUUUAAUACAUUACAACACGGGCGAUCCCAUGGUUUUAAUGCUUACGCACCAAUGACUAAAGAACUGAUUUUCUUUAGAAAGGAGCUCUUUUAAUCCCAAACGCUCAACUCGGUGCGUUUUCUCUUCCACGUGCAUUUUCUCUGUUGCAGCCGACGGUCUUUCCUCGCAGACACGAGGCUUUCUUGCACAUGCCUGCUGGUGUCCGAUCAGUUUCACAAGCGGACUUGUUCUUAUUAUUUUGAUGGAGCUCAUUCAGUUUCCAGUGUGAUUUCUUGUCGUUUCAGGAGCUGCUACAAAAGGAACUGGUUACUUUUUGUGAAGGAAACCAAAUAAAAGUCACUUUGUAUGUUGACAGAAGUGUUGUCCCAAAUCCCAGUUUGUCCCCACUGUCUGAUGAUGUAGUUGUUGGGGUGACACCAGCCACGGCAAAGUUGCACAGCAGAUUGUGACGGUUUGUGUAUGUAUGUAAUAAGACACUGCCAAACCACUGCAUUUAGUUUUGUUUCUCUUUGACCACUGCAACACGUCCUCUAGUUAAUGCCUUUAAAUCUUAACAAAGGUUCACCGUGGUCCUCUUCCCUCCUAGUGAGCUGAUGCAAAUGUGUCCAAUCCCUAAAGAUUGAUUGAUUGUUGGAUUUUUGUCCUGUACGUCAUGUCGACACCUCUCACCUGCAGCCCUGUCCUCACCUGGUUCCUCAUCAGAGCUGGUGGUUGUGGGUAAGAGCAGUGAUGUGGAACUGUGCGCUUUGUGCAGACUGGUGGUUGUGAGGUUUUUGUAAAAGUAAUGCAUCUAAUUUCAAUAAAAAUGAUCAGUA